CCUCCGGAAGAAAGGGCACAAAGGGCGAGAAAUAUGAGGUAAAAUUUUUGGUACUUUAACGGGCAUUGUUUUAAAUUAACCGCCAAAAAGGAAGGGAAUAAAAUUGGUGGAGGAUAAAUAAAAUGAAUUUAUUGGGUCAUUUCCUGUGUUUGUGACCACUUUGUAUAAGGGGAAAGUGAGUCUCUCACAGGGCUGUGGAAGGAAGAAAAAAAAGUGAAACAGAGAGAAGGGAGAGAGCAAAGAGAGAGAACCACCCUUAGUUGAGGGUAAAACUGUGGGAGGAAAAUAAAGCUCCACCAGAGCUUCGUGGACGAAUAUUUGGUGUAACGGCACAGAGAACAGGAAGGAAAACCCAAGCUAGAAAAGUCAUAGAGGAGGUUUUUUUUUCUUGGUGGUGUUGGUGCUCUGAGUCUAAAUCUAAACCGACAUCCCCAAGCACCCCCAGAUUGCCAGCGACGUCGGAGGGUAGAAAGCUCUGGUUGUCGCUGGAGUUCAGUUCACUUUCAGCCAAGCUCGUGUUACGAGGUGAAUGCGGAGGUGGAAGAGAAAGCACAAGAACUGAUAAGAGACGUGAUUUCCCGGGGAUCUCUGACCCCCAGCAAAUUUCCACUUUCACUGGACACUUUCCCUUGUGCAUCAAAUCAUCAGUUCUCCCUUCUUGGUCCUCCUCAAUAAAAUAAAAAGCUCCAGCAGAGAAUGUGGGUGGACUUAUUUUCAUGGUCGUAGAAAAUUGUUGCUGGGAAAGUGAAGAAAAUUGAUGGUGAAUAAGUUGCGUGGUGAUACAAGGCUUAGUUUCACUUUCGAAAACUUGCAACUUAUGCGGAAAUGCAACACGUUGUGUGUGUGCAGGGUGUGUGGAAAAUUUUCCUCAAUAUCUAAAUUCUACAUAGUACGCCCCCCCUCAACAAUCUUGGCAAAGAAUUGCGAGAGCCAAGACGAAUCCGCCCCCCUAAACAAGUGAUACUGAGGGUGACUUUGGGUGAAAGUUUUUUCUAGUUAAGCAGGACAUUUCUGCUGAGGGGUGGUUUCCUGACAUUGUUACAUAAUACUCCCAUCCUCCUUGACAACAAAAAAUCAACCAGCAAGACUUUUGGGGCUGAAGUGCUCGACCCAUCGAGUAGGUGGACUUGAGACAUGUGUUAGGUCGAGGGGUGUGAUUGAAAUUUAUUGUGAGUGCUCGGGAAUGUGAUGGAUUCAAGUGCAUUGUGAAUAAAUCAACUCAGUGAUUGAGUUUUGGUUUACUUAGGGAUUGGCGUUGCUAAGUGCCUUGAACAUUUGCCAAGAACAAAGUUCAGAAAGACCGCGCCGAAAGAGCUCAGAUCCGAAAUUUUGAAAAAAAUCUGGAAUGUUCCUGUUUGAGAUUUUGGGAUUAUAGUGAUUUUGCGGAUGUGCAAACUUCAACCCUGUAGAUUUAAAUACUUGAUGAAAACGUUGCAAACGUUGUCGUAAAGUCAAAAGAUCUGGGACGUUCUAAAGCUUUUGGAAACUCUGAUUCUAAAAGUCUUGUUACCGGAUUCGAAAACACAGAUUGAAAACCAAAACCGAAAACAUUGAGGACAUUGCAAUCUGUUCCAGUAUGUGCAAGGCUUGAUACUGGAUUCAGUUUUAAGUUAAAAAGCUUGAUAUCAAUUUUGAAAAGACCUUUCAAAAGCUUUUGGAAACUCUGAUUCUAAAAGUCUUGUUACCGGAUUCGAAAGCACAGAUUGAAAACCAAAACCGAAAACAUUGAGGACACUGCAGUCCAGUAUGUGCAAGGCUUGAUACCGGAUUCAACUUCAAAUCAAAAAGCUUGAUAUCAAUUUUGAAAAGACCUUCUAAAAGCUUUUGGAAACUCUGAUUCUAAAAGUCUUGAUACCGGAUUCGGAAACACAGAUUGAAAACCAGAACCGAAAACAUGGAGGACAUUGCAGUCUGUUUCAGGAUGUGCAAGGCUUGAAACUGGAUUCAACUUCAAAUCAAAAAGCUUGAUAUCACCAGGACCAGGACUAAACGUAAAAGAUCCAAAACGUUGUAGGCUAUCUUGAAGUUAUAGUUUGGCUCUUAAAAGACCGGAUACUAAACUCAAGGAUAACGAUUAAUAUACCUAAGAACUGGAUUCGCAAGCUCUACAACGUUGCAAUCUGCUUCUGAACUUGUAACCUGGAUUUUGGAAAAUUUGACAAAACGUUCCUAAAAAACGAUUUAUGGAUGUCAGAACUGAAUACAUAACAUCUGAUACAUUGUUAUCUAUUUUGGAAUUGUAACUUGGAUUUUACAAAACCAGAUACAGACUUAAAGCAAACCGAUUUGUAGAUAUAAAAAUCUGAAUGUAAACAUUCUCAACCACUGCAGUCUUUAGGUGGAAUUUAGAUUUGGAUUUUGGAGCACCAGAUACAAAAUUUCAAAGGACCCAUCUGGUAACUUUAGAGGAGCUGCAUAUAGAUUUUCUAAAAUCUUAAACCGAUUUGUGGACGUCAGAACUGGAUACAGGGCAUCUGAAUCAUCGCUCUAUAUCUUUGAUAUUGUAACUUGGAUUUUAGAAAAUCAGAAGCCGAAUUUGUGUAGCUAAAUACUUUAUACAAACGUUCGGAACCGUUGCAGUUUUCAUGUGAAAUUCUGAUUUGGAUCUUAGAACUGGAUACUGAUAAUCUAAAAUCCUGCAUUGUGAUUCUGAAAUUGUGAAUUGGAUUUUGGUGUUACUUUUAAACAGGAACACUGCAGAUAAAAGGACUAUUGUAGUCUGGUCUGAUACCGGUAAUAUGAAAAAUUCUUUCGCAUUAUAGAAAGACCAACUUCGGAUUUGAAAGCCUGGAACCUAGAAUUUCGGCAGUGUAGAAGUUCCAUCCCUAGUAGUUAAUUAUUCUGUAAACAAGGCUAUGACUGUUGCAGUCUGAUACCGGUAUUCUUGAUCCAAAAGAUCUAGAACUUUGAAGUUUGAUCCCAACUUUGGGAACCUUGGAUACACAGUUAACAAGAAUCAUUCCGUCAUCUUAGAUAAGAAAACCCGACAAAUUGAACCGUUUUAGUUGGAUUCCGAAGUUGAGACUUGUUGGGAGCCCUGGUACCCUCUGUAAGCGCAUAACUGCGCCAUCAACGAACAUAAUCGAAUGGGGGCACCCAGUUCAGGAGCAGAGUCCCUACAAUGCUGCGGGCGGGAUGGAGGCCAUCAGGUGCAGCAUGUUCCGGUCCCCGAGGCCAACAACAAUAGGGAAGUUGUAGAGCUGCAGCAGGAGGAUCAUCGCAACAACAAUCAACUGCUCAACAACAACAAUCAUAUUUAUGUCAAUCCGCACUUUGACAGCUUCUCCCAAUCAAUUUGCUAUACUUUCAUUGAUGAGACACAAACUACAAUCCCAAUCACUGAGACUAAUACACCGCUUACCAAUCGUUCUUUCUUGAGCACGGAUCUGAGCAUCGGCACAAACACUCGAGAUAUUAAUAGCAACGGCCCAAUACGUCCAAUUCGGUAUAGUAGGGCAAAGGACAAAAUUAGACUGUUGAAGGAGAAAUUUGUGAAGGGCAAGAGACAAAAGUGCAGCCAAAGCCCUAAACCAUUGCCCUUAGAUCAAGGUGCAAAGACAAAUAAGCAAAGUGUUAAGGUGAAAAAGAACACAGUUCCGGCUAGAAUGCGUGGUGCAUCGGGACGUGGGGGUGAUUCUGAUCCGCUGAUGCGUCGCCCAAGACGACGGAUUGCCGACAAGUCGCCCAAGAAGCAGCAACAGAAGUCUCUACCCAAAUUGAGCAGUCAGGAUGAAGAAGGGGGGGCUGGACAUGGGUUUGGGGGAGCUCAUGCCCAUUUUGAACCAAUACCGCACGAUCACGACUUCUGCGAAAGAGUUGUAAUAAAUGUGAGUGGCUUAAGAUUUGAGACUCAGCUUCGGACAUUAAACCAAUUUCCGGAUACUCUGCUGGGGGAUCCAGCGCGAAGGUUACGAUACUUUGAUCCUCUGAGAAAUGAAUAUUUUUUCGACCGGAAUCGACCGAGUUUCGAUGCGAUCCUGUAUUACUAUCAGAGCGGUAGUGGUCGCUUACGAAGGCCGGUGAAUGUACCUUUAGAUGUAUUUAGCGAAGAAAUUAAAUUUUACGAAUUGGGCGAGCAGGCCACAAAUAAAUUCAGAGAGGAUGAAGGCUUUAUUAAGGAAGAGGAAAAACCAUUGCCGACGAAUGAGAACCAAAGAAAAGUCUGGCUAUUAUUUGAGUAUCCGGAAAGUUCGCAGGCAGCCAGGGUUGUAGCCAUAAUUAGUGUAUUUGUUAUACUUCUAUCAAUUGUUAUAUUUUGUCUAGAAACUCUACCCGAAUUUAAACAUUACAAGGUGUUCAAUACAACAACAAAUGGCACAAAAAUUGAGGAGGAUGAGGUACCUGACAUCACAGAUCCUUUCUUCCUCAUAGAAACAAUAUGUAUUAUAUGGUUUACAUUCGAACUUAGCGUGAGAUUUCUUGCUUGUCCGAAUAAGUUAAAUUUCUUCAGGGAUGUUAUGAAUAUAAUCGACAUAAUCGCAAUCAUUCCUUAUUUCAUUACAUUGGCAACGGUAGUUGCCGAAGAGGAGGACACGAUGAACCUCCCGCGGGCCCCUGUUAGUCCACAGGACAAGUCAACGAAUCAGGCUAUGUCCUUGGCAAUACUCCGAGUGAUACGUUUAGUUCGAGUGUUUCGAAUAUUUAAGUUAUCUAGGCAUUCAAAAGGAUUACAAAUUUUAGGAAGAACAUUGAAAGCGUCAAUGCGAGAAUUAGGCUUACUUAUAUUUUUCUUAUUCAUAGGCGUUGUACUCUUCUCAUCGGCGGUAUAUUUUGCGGAAGCUGGAAGCGAAAAUUCCUUCUUCAAGUCUAUACCAGAUGCAUUUUGGUGGGCUGUGGUUACCAUGACUACAGUAGGAUAUGGUGACAUGACACCUGUCGGUGUGUGGGGUAAAAUUGUGGGAUCAUUAUGUGCCAUUGCUGGUGUAUUGACUAUUGCACUUCCGGUACCAGUUAUUGUCAGCAACUUCAAUUACUUUUACCAUAGAGAAACGGAUCAAGAGGAGAUGCAGAGCCAAAACUUUAAUCACGUUACUAGCUGUCCAUAUUUACCUGGAACUUUGGGACAACACCUGAAGAAAUCAUCACUGUCUGAAUCCUCAUCGGAUAUGAUGGAUUUGGAGGAUGGCGUCGAAAACACGCCAGGCUUACUGGCAGACCCGCAGGCGCGAUUAGCUCCGUUUUUGGGGGCACAUACGAUCACGGAGAAGCAGCAGCAGCAGCAGAAUUGCUGCAAACAGCCAGCGACUGGGCAACGCCACAAUAGCGCACUUGCUUGAAAAAGACAGUUCGUGCCAUUUUCUGGCCAUGUGAAGUAUUUGGUUGGCUGCCCGAGUCGUCAAAAGCAGUCUAAGAACGUCUCACAAAAAUAUCUACUCGUUCUCAUGAUUAUCAUCAUAGACAAAAAAAAAUCUAUAAGAAUUACACAUAACUGCAGUGGAGAUGGAGUAAAAGAAAAAAAAACGAGGAUACUACAAAUGUGAACUAAACAAUAGGCAAAAGAAAUAUUUAAUUAUAAUGACAAAAAAUAGAUAAAAUAAUUCACAGAGAAAGAAUUAAAAACUUUCGUGAGAAUGCUUUAUGCAUUCAUCUCUAUUCAAGAUAAAAAAAAUGAGGAUAAAGUGAGAAAAGUAAAAAGAAAAAUUACAAAAAAAAAUUAAUAUUAUGGAUUGUUGUGAAGCCAAAAGAUGUUAUUAGAGAAAAAAAUGUUGUAUUCUUUGUGUUCCUAAAGAGAUAUCCCCCUUUAUAAUGUCCUGUUUAAGUGAAUGAAGAGAUAAAUAAAUAAUUUUUGUAUAAAAAUAUAACAAAAAAAGAGCGAUUUAGGCAGAGAUAGAUAAAAAACAUUACAAAUUAUAUUUAAUUUCUUUAAAAAAAAGUCUCUAUCAGUUGAAACGUUUUGGAUAUUUCUCUGAGUUUCCUUUUAGAAUAAUUCUUAGCAAAUGAGUUUGUUGGAUUUCUCCAAAAAAAAUUUCCUUUAAUAGUUUUAAAUUUAAAAAUAAAAAACAAAAUGAUUUUACUAAGUUUAAUUUUUUCAUCACAAAAGACGGCCGAGAAACAACACGUAAGAGAAUAACUUUUGAAUUUUUAAAUUCAUAUCCGGUGCAUAAAAAAAACUGCCGAAAUAAAUAUUAAGAAUAUAGAAGUGAAGAGUUAGAAUCUGAUGAAAAAAUUCACAAAACAACAUACUUAAUAAGUUUAUAUUAAAAAAAACUAAGAACAAAGAGUGAAAGAUUCAUCAGAAGAAAAAAUAAAUAAAGUGAAGAGAAAGGACUUUAAAAAAAAAUGCGUAUAAAUAGGAGCUAAUUGAAUUCUGUAUAAUUUUUUUAAGGGAAUUUAAAAAAAAAACAAUUUUUAAGACAUAACAAUUGUAUAGAAUAUCAAAAAAAAAUUCCAAAUUACCAGAAUAAAUGAACAACUAAUAAAUAUACAAAUUGAGAUGGGUGUAAAUGCUGAUUAAAAUAAAAAGCAUACCAAGAAUAAAAGAUUUAAAAAAAAAAACUUGAAGAAAUCGUGAUGCUAAAUUUUUAAUAAAUUUCAUAAUUUAUUAGAGUGCUUAAUAAUCUUAUUAUCAGAGAGAACAAAAAGGAAGAAUAAAAUUUAUUAAAUUAUACGAUUAUUGAGAUGAAAAGAAAUUUAUAACAAAAAAAAGUGAACAAAUGAAAUAACAAGUAUUAUUAAAGAAAAUUGUGAAGAAAAUAUCGAAUACUAAAAAAAACUUAUUAACAAUUUAAACAAAAAAAUCAAUGCGCUGAAUAUCUCCUAAAAAAGCAAAGCAUUCACGUAAAUUAAUAAAUAAAAAAGAAAAGAGUAAUAUGAAGAGAAUUAAAAGAUUUAUAAAGAAAAAAUAUUGAUUAAUCAAUUACAAUCGAGUUAACGAACAACAUUAAAAAAAAAAAAUAUCAUGAAUGAAACGCUAGCAGCACUUUUAAUUUUUAUUUUGAUUUUACAAGGUUUAUGACAGCUGUCAACUUGACAGAUGUCAUCUUGACAGCUGUCAUAUGAUUGCUGUCUAUCUGCGAAUGACGAAAUCGUGUAAUGAGAUAACGGCUAUUGAAAUGAUGACAAUUUUUUAAUUUAACAAUAAAAAAAAUUAAUGUAGAAAAGCAAUUUUUAAUUUCAAAAUUCAAAAUAAAAGUGAAUGCGGAGGAGGUUAUAAUAAAGCUGAAAGACUCAACAUAUGCAUAUCAUAAUGAAAAAAACCAAAUUAUUUAAAAAAAAGAACUUAAAAAAGAAUGAGAAAAAAUUCACUAAUUUACGCUGAAAGAAUUUUAAUGUAUAAUUAGAAAGAAUAUUUAGUGAACAUGUCAUCAGAAUUAUUCCUUUUAGACAGUCACACCAAAA